CUCUCUCAAACCCCACGUUAAGAAAAACAAAAACCCUUACUAAAAAACAUGUUGCGCCUUCUGAAACUCUCUCUAGCUCUCAUUUCUCUCAUCAACUCAUCAAACAUCCCGAUAACAACAGCAACUCCACCAGGCAUAAACCAAAACGACAAAACGUUCGUUCAAACCGCAUGCAACUCAACACCAUACCCUACAAUGUGCUACUACUCAUUGUCCUCCUACUCUUCAACCAUCAAAUCCGACCCCAUCAAACUUUGCUUAACAGCGCUCAGCGUCAACCUCAAAUCCGCCAAAAGUGCCUCGUCCAUCGUCUCUAGCCUUCUCAAAAAGGUCGCCUCCAGCCCUGAGGUUCCGACUAUCCUCAAGGACUGCCUGAAGGAGAUGAAGGAUACCGCCGACGAGCUCAAGCAAGUGUUCGCCGAGAUCAUCAACGCCGGAAGAAUCUCAAAGGGGGAGAUCGAAAGGAAGUUGGAAACGUGGGAGAGCUCGGCGGCGACAGACUUGAUCCCGUGUAUUAAAAAGUUCGAGGAAGCAAGAGAGAAUGUGGAGAUAAAGAUGGUGGAGAAAGCUGUAUCUGAGCUUUCAAUGACUACAAGCAAUACUUUGGCCCUUAUGACCAGAUACCUGCGUUUCUGA